ACAAAGUAGGAUUUAAUUUGGAGAAAAACAGCAAAAAAGCAAUCUCUACUUGACAGAAGAGAUCACUGAUGAUACUGUAAACUUGAAAGAAAAGGCAUUAAUUUGCCAUGACCUAGUGUUACGGAUGCUAAAGGAGGCACAGCAUUUACAGUGCCACAGACUUAACUGCUCUGCAGCCUUAACUGCUCUGCAGCCUUAUUGUAAUGUAUGCUUUCCACUUAGUGUUUAAGAUUGUUUAUGUUGGUUAGGCCUAGUUUAUUUCUGACUGUUGUUCUUUUUUUUCUUAUACAGGCAGGCAGAAGUCCUGAAGGCUGACAUGACAGAUUCUAAGCUGGGUCCAGCUGAGGUCUGGACAUCCAGGCAGGCUCUGCAGGACCUGUACCAAAAAAUGCUAGUUACUGAUUUGGAAUACGCUUUAGACAAGAAAGUAGAACAGGAUCUCUGGAAUCAUGCCUUUAAGAAUCAGAUCACAACACUACAAGGCCAGGCAAAGAAUCGAGCUAACCCGAAUCGGAGUGAAGUUCAGGCAAACCUUUCUCUGUUCCUAGAGGCAGCUAGUGGCUUCUAUACUCAGGUGAGUUCUGCAUCGUAUACCGUGUUUCCUGGUAUUAGUGGUAUUCUGCUCUUUGUACAUAUCUUUAGUUUACAUAAAUACUUCCUACAACCAGUACCUGAGACAUCCAGAGGGUUAUCUCCUAUAAUCUCAAAUGAAUACAAAUGUCCUAAAUUAGUUACUGUAAGACCUUCACAAAAAAUAAAAAGACUCUACUCUUAGAUGUUUUGGCUUACAGGUUGGAGGUGUAACUAUGAAUAGGAAUGGGUUAAGUGAUGAGCACAAAACCUCAUUGGAAUCACUGAGGUGGUUAGUUACAAGUGGUAUUAGAGCAAAAUUGAAUUUAUGAGUAUCAGUAUCAAAAUUAUGAAAGAAAUAGGUUAUGUUGUGCCAGGUAGGAAACAGUUGAAAUUUGUAAUGUCAGUGCAUCUUCACAGUAGUAUUUAUACAGUGAAAUUUACAUGUAUCUUGAAAUGUUUUAAACUACCUAAGAAACAGCA